AGUUAAAUGUGGGUUAACAUAAUAGUAAACAGUGUAAUUCACAGUGUCUAUUAUUAAAUUUUAUUACAACAAACUAGAAAUCGAAUUGAGACAGUAUUGUAAUAGUUACAGUUAGGUCUGCAGCGCAAUGGCAAAUCCUAACCUAAAACAGGUGAAUAUUCAAAACAAUGCAACAUUCCCUCAUCAGCAGAAUGUUACGCGCUCUACGGAAUCUCCGGGAGACCCUAAGGAAACGAUGGAGGCAGUUGCUCCAUCACCACAAGACCCCAGUUCUGCAAACUCUGAACCUCAAGAGAUGACCGUAGACAUCAAGAACUUCAGAAGACCAGGUGAAAAAACCUUCACUCAGCGUUGCAGAUUAUUUGUCGGUAAUCUACCUUCAGAUAUGGCGGAUGAAGAUUUCAAAAAGCUCUUUUUCAAAUAUGGCGACGCAAAGGAGGUGUUCAUCAACCGAGACAGAGGAUUCGGCUUUAUACGCCUGGAAACAAGAACAUUAGCAGAGAUUGCUAAAGCUGAGUUGGAUGGAACAGUACUUGGAAACAGACCCAUUCGUAUUCGCUUUGCAACUCAUGGGGCUGCCCUUACAGUACGAAACCUUUCUCCAGUAGUGUCCAAUGAGCUUCUUGAACAGGCCUUCUCACAAUUUGGCCCAGUUGAGCGGGCAAUUGUGAUAGUUGAUGAUCGAGGCCGGCCCACAGGCAAGGGGAUUGUGGAGUUUGCUAAUAAACCUGCUGCCCGGAAGGCCUUGGACCAUUGUGCAGAUGGGGCCCUUUUACUUACAACGUCCCCUCGUCCAGUCAUUCUUGAGCCAACAGAACAAUAUGAUGAUGAAGAUGGGCUACCAGAAAAGCUGUUACAAAAAUCUGCACAAUAUCACAAGGAAAGGGAGCAUAAGCCACACUUUGCACAGCCAGGCACCUUCGAGUUUGAGUACUCUUCUCGCUGGAAAGCACUUGAUGAGAUGGACAAACAGCAGAGGGAACAAGUAGAACGGAACAUACAAGAAGCAAAAGAGAAAUUGGAGACUGAAAUGGAGGCUGCCAAACAAGAACAUCAACUAAUGAUGAUGCGACAAGAUCUCAUGAGACGUCAAGAGGAACUACGGCGCUUAGAGGAGCUCAGGAAUCAGGAGCUACAAAAACGCAAGCAGAUUGAGUUGAGGCACGAGGAAGAAAGACGUAGACGCGAGGAAGAUAUGAUUCGUCAUAGAGAGCAGCUAGACAUAAGACGCCAGCCAGAUGGAUUCAAGUCCGGUUUCAUGGAAAGUAGAGAACAGGAUAUGAGAAUGAAUGAAAUGGGAACACGUGGAGCCAUUAAUAUAGGAGAUUCAUUUAACCCUGUGACAGCAAUUAGUGGUAACCAAGGCCCCACACAAAUGAUGGGCAUGGGAGGCAGAGUUGGAGCCAUGGGGCCGGAUGGAUCAUCGAAAAUGAUUCCAGAUAAUGGAGUGAUGCCUAAUGAGCGAUUUUCUGAAGGAGGACCCCUUCAAAUGGGUUCUCCUGUUGGUGGGCAGACUGGUGUUGACUCCCCUCAGCCACAGCAACACUCACCCAUGCUGGUUGGGGCAGGUUCUGUUCCUGGUGUGCUUGGCCAAAGUGGCUUUGGGAGAGGAAGUCCAGUUGGGGGCAGCUUUGAUGGGCCUAACAACAAACGACGUAGAUAUUAAAAAAAUAAAUAAAUCUUUAGUAAUUGUGCUCAGAUUGGAUUAUUCUGACUCAUGAUUACUUAUAUAUAAUCAUAUAUUACCUUUCAGUCAUUUUGACAAGUACAUUUAUGUAUAAUAUAGACAUAAAUUGAAUGAGCCAGACCUUGUGUAAAUGUGAAGCACUGUUACAAAUGAUUAAAAGCCAUUGAAUUAGCUUGUACUUUGCAAAAUAUUGUAGCUAAUUGUAGAUUGCUUACUAUUACUGUAUUCAUGUCUUUUAUUUAAAUAUCUGAAACUAAGCAAUGUUUUCCUGUGAAUGAGUGUUUUUUUGGAAAUUGCAUGUUUUCAUUUUUAUUCUAUUAUUAUCAUUUUCAUCUGUAUGUUCAGAGUUGGAUUUUUUAAUCAGUCCUUUGAAUAAAAGUGUGAAUAUUAGUGACACAUAA